AUGACCUCCCCAAAGCCCCCCAGCUCCCCCAAAGAAAGCCCAGAGGUGACCCGCACGCCCAACCCUUCGCCUGAGAGCAGCCCGGGGCUGCAGAGCCACAGCAGCAGCUUGGGGGGUGCGAGUGCUGCUGCUGCUGAUGCUGCUGCUGCUGCUGCCGACGCAGCAGCAGCUGCGGCCCGUGCUGGCGCGCAGGUGGCUGCUGAGGCCGACGCUGCAGCGCACGCCGCCGGAGCUGCUGCUUCCGAUGCUGCUGCUGCUGCUGAUGCUGCACUAGCAGCUCCUGCUGACGGCGGCGCAGCAGAGCCGCAGCCAGAGUCACCAGCAGCAGAAGCAGCAACAGCAGAGCCUGCUGCUGAGCCUGCAGCAGCAGAAGCAGCAGCAACAAGACAAGACAGCGCGCGCAGUUCUUCAUCUACGGCUUCCAAGCGUGAAACGGUUUCUAUCAGUACGCCGCUUGCAGCAGCAGCAGCAGCAGCAGCAGCAGUUGCUGUGGGCGCCCCCUUGAGCACAGCAGCCAUGGCUGCUGCAGCGACAGCAACAGUAGCAGCUGCUGCCGACCAAUACGACAGCCCGCGCAACGGCAGUUUGAGUUCGCGCAGCAGCAACAGCCGCUGCAGCGAGGGCAGCAGGCGCAGCAGCCUCAUCAGCAGCAGCAGCCACAGCAGCAGCAGCAGCAACCGCAGCGGCUUGAGAACCCCCUGCAGCAGCCCAGUGCUUCCAGCAAGUUCUGCUGCCUUUGCUUAUAAGGCCCCCAGCCUCAACUCCCCAAAGCCCAGCGACCUCAGCCCCAGGUUGCUGCUGCCGAUGGGCGGCAGCAGCAGCGGCCGCAGCCACAGCCCCAGGACUAACUCGGACCUCGAGUCCAUGGAGACAGACGCUAGAGUCACUCUCUUCUCCCCUGAGGGCCCCGUGCCCAUCAACAUCUGGGACCUGAAGAAGCUGCGGCACUGGAAUUAUGAUCAGUACCAAGAGUUAAGGAGAGAGUACUUGAAGCAAAAAGCGUCUCCGGUGGUAGAGGAGCGGGCGUUCGCAGUGCCGCACCCCGGGGUGGACUACUUUUACUACAGGGCCCCCUUUUUGAGCCACGCGGGCCCCACAGGGCUGACAGCAGCAGCAGCACAAUGCCUGUUGAGUUCUGGGGCCCGCCUCAGCGCAGACACAGAUCUCCGCAGGACUCUGAAGGAGCGGCUGCAGGCCCACGCGGAGCUGGACCGCAGCCUCACCCGCCUCAGCUGCCUCGGCUGCCUCUAA